UUUCUUCAGAUCUCCAUUGUAACGGGUUUGUUCAUAUUGCAAAAUAGGGCCGUGGAACAGCACCAAAGAGGAGCUGCAAAUGGUAUUGCCAUGACCUUGAUGUCACUUUUUAAAGCAGCAGGUCCAGCAGGAGGAGGAGCACUUUUUUCCUGGGCAGAGAAGCGUCAGGAUGCUGGCUUCCUUCCAGGAAACCAAAUUGUGUUCUUCAUCUUGAAUAUAAUUGAGGUAGUCGGAGUGUUGAUGACAUUCAAACCAUUUUUAGUGGAACGUAGACGAUGAUUAUUUUCCCUCAAGAGAGUGUUAAUCGUUGUUCUCCAUCUAUCACUAGCUGUGCCACAUGUAUUCCAUCUUCAUCAGAUUUAAUUUUCUUAGAAACAUUUGUAUACUGAAUUAAUCAGCUGUAAUUGAGAGAGAGAAUUAUACUCAUUGAUUCCUACGAGUAUAUGUAGUUCAUGGGAUUAUUCAGAAUA